GUAAUGUGCUGGUGCUGGCAGUACGACGUGAGGCAUUGUGGGAAGGUACACACAGACCGUUGCGUCCGUCAAGGGAACAAUCUAUCUCUUCGUAUUCCGGGCAGUUUGUACACAGACAAUCAUUUUAACCUCUGCUGAAAGAAACGUUGGGCAAAAAUGUUCGAGUCUAAGAUCCGUUUUUAGGGAACACCCUAAAAUCAAGACGUAUCGUUAACUAGCUACGUAUUGCGGAAGCAGGAAACGCUUAGCUGAAGCCGUACCUUGCUUGCGGGAAAAGGGCAUGCCCGUAGAUUUCGCUACAAUGGAUUCGCUUGCAUAGUCCAUCUGUGGGUUCAUCUGCGUUUCCCGGCGCUCUCCCCCACACUCUCCUCCCUUGCUUGCGAAGUGCUGUUUGACCAGGAUGCUGAAGGUGUUUGGUGUCGUGGUGAUUGCCGGGCUUGCGCUCGCUUGUUUAACGUCUUGGAUUUUGGAGAGCUAUGAUACAGCUUUUCACCCUAAACGGAGCAUCGCCAAACCCAACCACAGCACCGGGGAUGGAGGUUGGAGCAGCGCUCCUCCGUAUCCCGGCGGGGAAUUGGAUAAUAUAUUCUGGUUUGUGCAGGUUUCAGAUAUUCAUAUCAGCCGCUUCCACGACCCCAGACGUGUUCCAGAUUUCGAGAAGUUCUGCACCGUUAACAUUGAUAUAAUCAAGCCAGCUCUUGUACUUGUAACAGGAGACCUGACCGACGCGAAGACGGAGAGCAAGGUCGGCUCCCUGCAGCACGAGGUUGAGUGGCAGGCCUACCACAACAUCCUGAAGAGGUCCCACGUGCUGGAGCGCACCAAGUGGAUCGACAUCCGCGGAAACCACGAUGCUUUCAAUAUAAUCUCCCUGGAGAGUGUAAAUAACUACUACAGGAAGUACUCUGCCAUUCAGAAGGCCGGCUCGUUCCACUACGUACACAAGCUGCCCUUCGGCAACUACUCCUUCAUCUGCGCCGAUGCCACCCUCACGCCUGGGCCCAAGCGCCCCUACAACUUCUUCGGCAUUCUGAGCCAGAAUGAGAUGGACAAGUUGGCCACCUUCAGGUUGGAGAGCCAGAGCAGUAACCAGUCCAUUUGGUUUGGCCAUUAUACCACGUCGACGGUCAUCUCUCCUUUCCCAGGAGUGCGAGAGCUCAUGAGCUCGGCGGUGGCGUACCUGUGCGGGCACCUGCACACACUGGGGGGGCUCAUGCCCGUACUGCACAGCCGACACCCACAGGGCACGCUGGAGCUCGAGCUGGGGGACUGGAUGGACAACCGCAGGUACCGCGUGCUCGCCUUUGACCACGACCUGCUGAGCUUCUCCGACCUGGUGUUCGAGGAGUGGCCCGCCGUUCUCAUCACCAACCCCAAGGGGGCGCUGUACCUCCACCCCGGGCUGGAGCCCCUGGGCCGGAUCCGGCAGUCUACGCACAUCAGGAUCCUGGCGUUUUCCGAGGCACCAAUCACAGCCGUGCACGUCAGCGUGGACGGGCGCUCGCUGGGGGAGGCGUGGCCUGCCGGGGGGCCGCUCUACGUGCUGUCCUGGGACCCCUCUCUCUACGCUACCGGACUGCACUCCAUCCUGGUUAAAGUGGAGGACUCUGCUGGCCGCUCGGUGGUGCAGGAGCAGCAGUUCACCCUGGAGGACAGCGUCGCUCUGGGGUUUGGCUUCGUCCAGUCCUUCAUCCUCCUCACGGACCACUACAUCAUGGCCCGGGUCAUGUUCGUGUUCAUAGUGCUGCUGAACAUCGGCGGGCUGAUCGUGUUCAGGCUCCUGCGGGUUCCGACUCUGAGAGUGUCUUCUGGAGUCCAUGCUCAGGUCUACAUGUCCCUCCAUCUCCUCAGCAAAACGGAUACCUUCUACUACUCCCUGCUCAUGUUCAACCUAUGUACAGCUCUUGGUCCCUGGUUCAUUGGGGAGGUGAUUGACGGACACAGCGGAGCCUGUUUCGCGUUUGGGGUGUUUGUUGACGGCCACUUCCUGGAGGGCAGCCUCACGUUCGUGGUGGGAGUUGUGCAGGUGGUCUUCUUCAACAUGCCCCUCACCUGCUACCUGUGCUGGAGCCUUCACCUGCGUUGCCGUGGAAACUCUUUCCGCUCGCACUUCCGGCGGGUGGGGCGCGGGCGGACGGUGGGGGUGCACCUGGGCAUGCUGCUGCUCCUGAGCUGGCAGGCCUACUCCUGCUACUUCCUGCUGGAGACCUACGGGCCCCUGGCCUUCUUCCUGUCGCCCGUGCGCACCUGGGCCCUGGGACUGGGCCUGCUGCUGGUGUACCGAGCCUGGAGAGGGCCCGCCCCCCGUCUCCGUGACGACAGCAAGGCCACUGCGCCGUCAUGA